AUGGCCGACAAGUUCGUAGCGGCCCACGCCGGAGCCAAAAAGGCCGAGGCGAGAGUGAACGACAUAUUUGUUGUUAAACAAUCUCUAGGAGAGGGACUAGGGGACUUCCUUGCCCGGUUCAACCGAUUAAGGAUGACUUUGCCAAACAUGUCCGAAGAGAUAGUCUAUGACCUGGAGAAGCUCGGGCCAAAAUUGAAAUGGCCGCCAAAGAUGAGAUCGGACCUUAACACCAGAAAAUCUGAUGCCCUCUGUGAGUUCUAUCAAGAACGAGGGCACAAGAUGGAAGACUGCAUCGUCCUAAGGCAGGAAGUCGAGAAUAUGCUACGACAAGGACACCUUAAAAAGCUUCUAAGCGAUAAGGGAAGAACCAACUUUGCCAGAGGACACGAACAUCAUGGACCGCCCAAACCACCCUCACUAGCUCGUACCAUCAACUUGAUUAUCGAUGACGAUGCCUCUAUCAAUAUCGUGAAGUUCACCACUACCCACAAACUCAAGCGAUCUAUCACUCGCGAACAGUACGACAAACUCGAAGAAAGUAUCAUUUUUGACAAGUCGAAAGCCAACGGUUUAGAUUUUCCUCAUAAUGAUGCCCUCGUUGUUACUCUACAAGUUUUAGAUACUGAUGUUAAAUGCAUUAUGAUAGAUGACGGGAGCGGCGCGUGCAUUAUCCAUCCCCGAGUACUUACCUAA